CACCGGCUCGCAGACUCCCCUGUGCCAACGUGCCCUCCAGUCCGGCUGCCUGCUCGCUUGCUCGUGACCCUCCAGCACCAUGGAAGCCAUCAAGAAAAAGAUGCAGAUGCUGAAGCUGGAUAAGGAAAAUGCCUUAGACCGAGCGGAGCAAGCUGAGACGGAGCAGAAACACGCGGAGGAGAGGAGCAAGCAGCUGGAAGAUGAACUGGCUGCAAUGCAGAAGAAGCUGAAAGGCACGGAAGACGAGCUGGACAAGUACUCAGAGGCUCUGAAAGAUGCUCAGGAGAAGCUCGAAGUGGCAGAGAAGAAGGCAGCCGACGCCGAAGCCGAGGUCGCAUCCUUGAACCGCCGCAUCCAGCUGGUUGAGGAGGAACUGGACCGGGCCCAGGAGCGUCUCGCGACAGCCUUGCAAAAAUUGGAGGAAGCGGAGAAGGCUGCAGACGAGAGCGAGAGGGGCAUGAAAGUCAUUGAAAACAGAGCCCUGAAAGAUGAAGAGAAGAUGGAGCUGCAGGAGAUCCAACUGAAAGAGGCCAAGCACAUUGCUGAGGAAGCCGACCGGAAGUACGAGGAGGUUGCUCGUAAACUGGUGAUCAUCGAGGGAGACCUGGAGCGUACAGAGGAAAGAGCUGAACUGGCCGAAUCUAAAUGUUCAGAGUUGGAAGAAGAGUUGAAGAAUGUCACCAACAACCUCAAAUCGCUUGAGGCUCAGGCCGAGAAGUAUUCUCAAAAAGAGGACAAAUAUGAAGAGGAGAUCAAGAUUUUGACUGAUAAACUCAAGGAGGCCGAGACCCGUGCCGAGUUCGCCGAGAGAUCGGUAGCCAAACUGGAGAAGACCGUCGAUGACUUGGAAGACGAGCUCUACUCUCAGAAACUGAAGUACAAAGCCAUUAGUGAGGAACUGGACCAUGCUCUCAAUGAUAUGACUUCCAUAUAAGUUGAAAUGCACCAAAGAGGAACAUCUCUGCACGCAACGGAUGUUGGACCAGACCCUGCUUGACCUGAAUGACAUGUAAAAGAUCCCCUCUGCAGCCUGCAGGCUAGCCAGCCUCCCCAUCCCACCCCGUUUCCCACCCCACGGCCAAUGGGGCUUCUCGAGCAGUGAUUCUGUGUUGGGGCCAGGUUUUUUCUUUUUUCUUUUUUAGGGGGGAAAAACAAAAACAAAACCACCACCAACCCUCAAAGGGGAGAGAGAAGUCAUAAAUUACAUUCCUGAUGUCUGUGGCCAGCUUAGCUUAUAGACCCCUGCCCAACCUCCCUCUUCCCUGCCCAUGAAACGUUCCCAAGUUAUCAGCAACAAGUAAGGGAAAAUGUGUACCCAGUGCAAGAAUAUUCUUCUAGGGAGCGAGUGUCUGAAACGCACCCUUUUAAAGUGUGGGACAAUAUGUGGUGCUGUGUGUGUGGGGGGGGUAACAGCCCUCCCUUGCUGAGCAUCGCUCGUAUCGCCAAGGCUCCUGGGCAUGAUAGGCUUUUAAGGCACGCAGCUAGCCUCCCUCCACGCGCUCCUGCUGUUUGGCUCAGGAGCGCCAACGGGGGUGGAAGAUGGACCCCUUUGAUCUGUAGGAUAAUCGCACAUCCCGUAGCCUGAACCAGCAACGCUUUGUGGCAUCCGCUAGCUGAGCGGGAUUAACCUCGGCGAGGAACAGCCCUCCCUCCCUCCCUCCCAGUUUUUGAGUGUUUAGAUUUGGCUUUCUAGUAACGAGUUGGGCCAAAGCUUCCUUUCUCUGCUGUCUUAAUCUGUUUUUAUAACUCUUUGUAGCUGGGGAAGCAACUAUGUCAGAAACGUACCGGGGUGUUUCUUUAAAAAAAGGGGUUUCCUUUUCUCUAAACCCGCUUUUAAACCAUUCGCAAGACCCUACCCCCGUCUGCGCCCACCCUGUUCUGUUCCAUUUCUUCCGCUUUGGGGAAACCACUAUAUCUGGAUAACCAACCUCUUCCCACCUAGGCUUAACUUUCUCUGUGCUUGGCGCUUCUGUCGCGUAGGGGUGUUUUGAGGAGUGGGGCUUUUAACCUUUUGCGCGCUCCUGGACGUGAGGGGUUUUUCUCCUCUGUUCCAGCCAGGAGCCGACCGUACCGUCUUAAAGAGAAACAGGAUGUAUUGGACACCUUGAUGCUCUCUGAGACUUGAUCCACCGAAGGUUGUGUUGUUGUUGUUUUUCUUUACGCAUCUGUGUACAAGCCUGCUGGGUCUCAUAGGAGGAAGACUAUGCACUGCCACGGUUUUUCGCAGCCAGUGUGUGUGGAGGGGGGGGAAUGAGGAAAUUAUAUCAAGUGUUUUGAUACUAAAAAAAAAAAAAAGCCUUGGUCUUUUAUUGUCUUUUUAUUUUUGAAAUAAUAAACAAGCAUUCCCUCUC